AUGGUUGACGGGACCAACAAGAGAAAGAGAACGGCAUCGUCUCGCGGUGCAGAGCAUGACCACAGGGGACUAGUUACGGACGACACUUUUGAUGAAUUGCUGAAACCGGUCUACAAGGGGAAGAAGAUGACGGAUCAGAUCAACACGGCAGAGGAUAAGUGGCAUUUGCUGCCUGCGUUCUUGAAAGUCAAGGGGUUGGUGAAACAGCAUCUCGACUCGUUCAAUUAUUUUGUAGACGUUGAUUUGAAGAAAAUUAUAAAAGCCAAUGAACUGAUCCUAUCGGAUGUAGACCCAGAGUUUUACCUCAAAUAUGUUGACAUUAGAAUUGGGAAAAGAUCCACCUCCUCCGCAAACGAUCACUUGACGCCGCCUCAUGAGUGUAGAUUGAGAGAUAUGACGUAUUCUGCUCCAAUCUACGUCGAUAUCGAGUAUACCAGAGGGCGUAACAUUAUUAUGCACAAGGACGUAGAGAUUGGGAGAAUGCCAAUCAUGCUGAGGUCCAACAAGUGCAUACUGAGCGAGACAAACGAGAGGGAAAUGGCACGGCUCAACGAGUGUCCACUGGAUCCAGGUGGGUAUUUUAUUGUUAACGGUACAGAGAAAGUCAUUCUGGUUCAAGAACAGUUGUCGAAGAACCGUAUCAUUGUCGAAGCAGAUGAAAAGAAGGGGAUCGUGCAGGCAUCCGUGACCUCGUCGACCCACGAACGUAAAUCUAAGACGUACGUCAUCACCAAAAACGAUAAGAUUUAUCUGAAGCAUAACUCCAUCGCUGAGGAAAUCCCCAUUGUCAUUGUUCUAAGAGCAUGUGGUAUUGUGUCCGAUCUUGAAAUCAUGCAAGUUGUUUGCGGUAAUGACAGUAGUUAUCAGGAUAUCUUCGCCGUCAAUUUUGAGGAGGCUUCUAAACUAAACGUAUACACACAGCAACAGGCAUUGGAACACAUUGGGACCAAAGUUAAAACAAUGAGGAGACAGAAACUAAGCACUUUGCAGGAAGGGAUAGAAGCCAUUGCUACCACCGUUGUAGCUCAUUUGACCGUCGAGGCUCUGGACUUUAGAGAAAAGGCUCUAUACAUGGCUAUGAUGGCUCGUAGGGUUGUCAUGGCCAUGUACAACCCAAAGAUGGUCGAUGAUAGAGAUUAUGUUGGGAACAAGAGACUGGAACUGGCUGGUCAAUUGAUAUCUUUACUUUUUGAAGAUUUGUUCAAGAAAUUCAACCACGAUUUCAAAACAUCCAUUGACAAAGUGCUCAAGAAACCAAAUAGAGCUAUGGAGUACGACGCACUACUGUCCAUUAACGUACACUCUAAUAAUAUUACGAGUGGCCUGAACAGAGCCAUAUCUACAGGUAACUGGUCUCUGAAGAGAUUUAAAAUGGAAAGAGCAGGGGUAACCCAUGUAUUGUCAAGAUUAUCUUACAUUUCUGCUCUUGGGAUGAUGACAAGAAUAUCCUCUCAGUUUGAAAAAUCGAGGAAAGUAUCUGGGCCAAGAGCUUUGCAACCUUCGCAGUUCGGUAUGCUGUGUACCGCAGAUACACCAGAAGGUGAAGCUUGUGGGCUGGUUAAGAACUUGGCACUCAUGACACAUAUCACCACAGAUGAUGAGGAGGAACCAAUUAAGAAACUCUGCUACAUCCUUGGUGUCGAAGAUAUCACUGUCAUUGAUAGCGCUUCAUUGCAUUUGAAUUACGGGGUGUACCUGAAUGGUACGUUGGUUGGUAUCACCAGAUUCCCGAACAGAUUCGUCCACCAGUUCAGAUCGUUGAGAAGAACGGGCAAAAUCUCCGAGUUCAUCUCCAUUUACAUCAACUCUCACCAACAUGCUGUCCACAUUGCCACUGAUGGUGGUAGAAUUUGUAGACCGCUUAUUAUUGUUACUGCGGGUAAAUCGCACGUUACAGCAGAUCAUUUAAGAAAGCUUUUGGACGGUGAAUUGGUUUUUGACGACUUUUUGAAACUAGGGUUAGUUGAAUACUUGGACGUUAACGAAGAAAAUGACUCGUUUAUUGCAUUGUACGAAAAGGAUUUGGAGCCUGCCAUAACACAUAUGGAGAUAGAACCUUUUACAAUUUUGGGUGCUGUUGCAGGUUUGAUUCCUUAUCCACAUCACAACCAAUCUCCGCGUAACACUUACCAAUGUGCCAUGGGUAAGCAAGCUAUUGGUGCCAUCGCUUACAAUCAAUUCAAAAGAAUCGAUACACUGCUGUACCUAAUGACCUACCCGCAACAACCCAUGGUGAAGAGUAAAACUAUCGAAUUAAUAAACUACGAUAAGCUUCCUGCUGGACAAAAUGCGACAGUAGCUGUCAUGUCCUACUCUGGUUAUGAUAUUGAGGAUGCUCUGGUGCUGAAUAAAUCGUCAAUCGACAGAGGAUUCGGUCGUUGUGAAACCCGCAGAAAAACCACCACCGUCUUGAAAAGGUACCCAAAUCACACACAAGAUAUUAUUGGCGGUAUGCGUGUUGAUGAGAAUAACGAACGAAUUUGGCAACAUGAGGCACUGGGACCUGAUGGGUUAGGUGAAGUUGGGAUGAAACUAAACAGUGGCCAAGUAUAUAUCAACAAAUCUGUGCCGACAAACUCUACGGAACCAUUCUCCGGCAACACGGAGGCUCAAUACAGGGAAACACCUGUAAUUUACAGGGCUCCAGAAUCCUCUCAUAUUGACCAGGUUAUGAUGUCUGUUUCAGAUAAUGAUCAAGCUUUGAUCAAGGUACUUUUAAGACAGAGCAGAAGACCCGAACUGGGCGAUAAAUUUUCGUCUAGACACGGUCAGAAGGGUGUUUGUGGUAUCAUCGUUCAGCAGGAGGACAUGCCUUUCAGUGACCAAGGUGUCGUUCCAGAUAUCAUUAUGAACCCUCAUGGUUUUCCAUCUCGUAUGACGGUCGGUAAGAUGAUCGAACUGGUCUCUGGGAAGGCUGGUGUGUUAAAUGGUACUCUGGAAUACGGUACGUGCUUUGGUGGUUCCAAAUUAGAGGACAUGUCAAAAAUCUUGGUCGACCAAGGUUUCAAUUACUCAGGUAAAGACAUGUUGUAUUCGGGGGUCACCGGUGAGUGUUUGCAAGCCUAUAUCUUUUUCGGCCCAAUCUACUACCAAAAGUUGAAGCACAUGGUUCUGGAUAAGAUGCAUGCGAGAGCAAGAGGGCCAAGGGCUGUGUUGACACGUCAACCUACCGAAGGUAGAUCGAGAGAUGGUGGGUUGAGAUUAGGUGAAAUGGAGAGAGAUUGUGUUAUCGCGUACGGUGCCUCUCAACUGUUGCUAGAAAGAUUGAUGAUUAGUUCAGAUGCCUUUGAAGUGGACGUCUGUAACAAAUGUGGUUUGAUGGGCUACAGUGGUUGGUGUACUACUUGUAAGAGCGCUGAAAACGUAAUCAAAAUGACUAUACCUUACGCAGCCAAACUUCUAUUCCAAGAAUUGCUGUCCAUGAACAUUGCGCCAAGAUUGAGAUUGGAUGAAAUUUUUGAAGAGUGA